CAAGAAAGUUGUAGAGCGGUGGCGAUUUGGUUCCCUAACACAUGAGAUCCUCAUAUCAAUUAUCAACCCGACCCGACUUGGUCAACUUCCAUGACACUUCAAAACAAAAAUGCAGUGCACCACUCAAAUUAGGCACAACUUCCAACCACCCUCACUCUCUCUCCCCCACCCUUCUAUACUUCAACUUUAUAUAUAUACACACACACAAUAUCAACUCUCUCCCAAUAAUAGCACCUCCUACACAAGUAUAUCCUUCUUAUAACUGCUUCUCAUUUCAGGUCAGAUGGCUGGCAGUGGCAAAAGGAGUUUUCAACUCGAUGUUCAGCAGCACAAACCCAUUCUCAUCACUCCUGCAGAGGAAACACCCAAGGGUCUCUACUUCCUUUCAAACCUUGACCAAAAUAUUGCAGUCAUUGUUCGUACCAUCUACUCUUUUAAAUCAGAGUCCAGAGGCAAUGAAGAUGCAGCCCAAGUCAUUAAAGAUGCUCUUUCCAAAGUGCUUGUCCAUUACUAUCCUCUUGCUGGCCGCCUCACCAUCAGCUCUGAUAAGAAACUCAUUGUGGAUUGUACGGCGGAGGGUGCUGUGUUUGUGGAGGCUGAAGCUGACUGUUCCAUUGAAGACAUUGGAGAUAUAACUAAGCCUGAUCCUGACACUCUUGGCAAGCUUGUUUAUGAUAUCCCUGGCGCUACCAACAUACUUCAGAUGCCACCUCUUGUUGCCCAGGUAACAAAGUUCAAAUGCGGUGGAUUUGUUGUGGGGUUGUGCAUGAAUCAUUGUAUGUUUGAUGGGAUUGGGGCAAUGGAAUUUGUGAAUUCAUGGGGUGAAACGGCAAGGGGGCUACCUUUGACUGUUCCGCCGUUUCUAGACAGAAGCAUUCUCAAAGCAAGGGAGCCACCGGUGAUUGAGUUUUCUCACGGUGAAUUUGCUGAGAUAGAAGAUGUAUCCAACACUUUUAAGCUUUAUGGAGACGAGGAAAUGCAUUAUCGGUCCUUCUGCUUUGAGCCGGAGAAGCUGAAUAAGCUCAAACAGAUGGCGUUGGAAGAUGGGGUUUUGAAGAAAUGUACAACGUUCGAAGCUCUGUCGGGAUUUGUAUGGAGGGCAAGAACAGAGGCUCUACGAAUGAAACCCGAUCAACAAACAAAGCUUCUCUUCGCCGUCGAUGGGCGAUCUAAGUUUCAGCCCACGAUUCCGAAAGGGUACUCUGGAAACGCCAUCGUUUUAACCAACUCGAUAUGCAGCGCCGGGGAGCUUCUGGAAAAUCCGUUGUCGUAUGGGGUGGGGCUGGUUCAGAAGGCGGUGGAGAUGAUCACGGACAGCUACAUGAGGUCGGCCAUCGAUUUCUUCGAAACAACGAGAUCUAGGCCUUCGCUGGCGGCGACACUGUUGAUCACAACUUGGUCGAGGCUAGGAUUCCACACGACGGACUUCGGGUGGGGGGAACCGGUGUUUUCAGGGCCGGUGGCAUUGCCGGAAAAGGAAGUGAUUCUAUUUCUAUCUCAUGGGAAAGAAAGGAAGAGUAUAAAUGUGCUUUUGGGGCUUCCAGCUUCUGCCAUGGAAAUCUUCCAACAGGCCAUGAAAAUUUGAGGGAACAAAAACCUUUGAUCUACUCUGUUUCCAAGCUCAUUGCAGCAAAGAUGAGGAAAAAUUUCAUCUUUAUUAUUAUCAUUCAUCCCACAAUGUGUUUACGUUCUCAUCUUUCAAUUUCAUUUUUAUUUUAUAUCAUGUGAUGUGAUUAUCCACAUUUUUCUAUUAAUUAAUACAUUGUUCCAUGUUUGUUAAAA